AUGACAUCUGCCUCGCUGCUGGAAUACAGCACGUCGCCAGCGGUCACCACCAGCACGCCACCAGCUGCCGCUGUCACAACCACCAGCUGCCGCUGUCACCACCACCAGCUGCCGCUGUCACCACCACCAGCUGCCGCUGUCACCACCACCAGCUGCCGCUGUCACCACCACCACACCGCCAGCUGCCGCUGUCACAACCACCAGCUGCCCGUCGCCACCACGCCACCAACCAUCAAUGCCCAUGGACUGCCUGGCAAGAAUAUACCAAAAGAUUUUGCUAUGGAAAUCCUGAACAAGAAGGCGGAGGAUGGUCUGACACGGUUGGGGCCAAACAUGACGGGCGCAACAGUGACAAGAGAAGGAAACAGCCUCGGAGUGUUGAGUGAACCAUCUGCACAUUUGAGUGACAUCUCCCUAUACACAGCAAAAGGUAAACACACAGUUCCCGAUCUCAGACAUGAAACAGAACAACUGGUAGAAGAGCUGAAGAUGGAGGACCCAUUCGACAUCAUUCCUGGGCUGAAGACACACUACGAAUCGGAUACUUCGUAUCGCGUUGGAGCAAGCAGGGGCAAAAAUGCAUCCAAAGUGCCUGUUGAAGAAAUCCGUGACGUCUUGCGCAGUAAAUUUGGAUACAUCAGUCAACAAAAUGCCGGCUCGAUAGUCACAAAGGCAUUCCCUGGAUGUAAGAAAGAGCGGUCAUACAACCACGGGAAAUGUUACUACGGCAUUCGGAAGAUUACAACCGGCGAGAGUUCAGCCAGCCCGAAUGGAACACUUUCUCCAACUACGAGCCAAGCCCAAGGGUGUCAGCAGGCACGGUUACAUGAGCUCAUGGCGGAAAACGAAACACUACGCACCAAAAUCCAAGACUACAAGGCUACUCAAGUAAUGUUAAGAAAUAAGAUUAAGAUUGAACAAUCACAAAAACAGAUUAUCAUGAAUGCCAGGCCACCCGUGAGACGGACAGGAACAAUACCAGCCUCGUAUUGUGUAGACAGAACGUUGUUAACACCCGUGCGUCACCCAUUGUUAGGUAAUGAUAUUAUCCUUGGGGAGGGGACAUUCGGUGAAUGUAAACUGUACUCAUACCGUGGAUCUAAUGUGGCUGUUAAACAGUUUAAGGAUGUAGGACCAGAGCGUGAAAUAAAACAAGACUUAGUUCACGAAGCGAAGGUUUUAAUGAACAUGUUUACUCAUAAGUCAUUGCCAGCGCUUGUUGGUGUAGCCAUGGACCGACCACCUUUCCUGUUAAUAACAUCCUUUCAUGGCUGCAAUGAAACAUCUGUAACUUUGUUAGAAGCGCUCUACAAAGGCUUGUCAUUUGUAAAUCUUAUGCAGUGGAAAGAUUUGUUUUGCCAGGUAGCUGCAGGGCUCAAUCACAUCCACAAGUGUGGCUUCCUACAUUGUGAUCUAAAGCUAAACAAUGUUUGUGUAGAGAAGACAGAUGCGUCUUAUACUGCAAUAAUCAUAGACUUUGGAAAGAGUUGUGAAAUGCACAAGUCUUAUGGAUAUCACCACCUCAGUAGACAGGAGAGGGAACAGCGUGCUGUUGAUUAUCCGCACAUAGAUCCUAGUCUAUACAGGGACAGAUUGAGUGUUCACUCAGUGUUGACUGACAUUUAUUCAUUUGGAAAGAUGAUAGAGAAAGUUGUGCGUAAGUUAAAGACUGCUGAUGGGGAGUUGGACGCUGUAUAUAAAGAGUGUACUCAUGUCGACAAGUGCCAGCGUCUAUCAUUAAUGCAGGCUGUGUCUGCUCUGGCACCGGGGCCCUAGUUUGUUUUGCUGCAAGUUGUAAUUGGUCACUAUUGACUAACAGCUGAUCUAUGUAAACAAACUUAUACAUCAGACGUACGU